UAAGCUCAGAGCAGCAACGCCCGGAGCAGAAUUGAGCCGCAUCGCCUUCCGGAGCCUCCAGCGCCAUGUACGACCCAGAGCGCCGCUGGAGCCUGUCGUUCGCAGGCUGCGGCUUCCUAGGCUUCUACCACGUCGGGGCUACGCUAUGUCUGAGCGAGCGCGCUCCGCACAUCCUCCGCGAAGCGCGCACUUUCUUCGGCUGCUCGGCCGGUGCACUGCACGCGGUCACCUUCGUGUGCAGUCUCCCUCUCGAUCACAUCAUGGAGAUCCUCAUGGACCUCGUGCGGAAAGCCAGGAGCCGCAACAUCGGCACCCUCCACCCGUUCUUCAACAUCAACAAGUGCGUCAGAGACGGCCUUCAGGAGACCCUCCCAGACAACGUCCACCAGAUCAUUUCUGGCAAGGUUUACAUCUCACUCACCCGAGUGUCCGAUGGGGAGAACGUGCUGGUGUCUGAGUUCCAUUCCAAAGAUGAAGUGGUGGAUGCCCUGGUGUGCUCCUGCUUCAUUCCUCUCUUCUCUGGCCUAAUCCCUCCUUCCUUCCGAGGUGAGCGGUACGUGGAUGGAGGAGUGAGUGACAACGUCCCUUUGCUGGAUGCCAAAACCACCAUCACGGUGUCCCCUUUCUAUGGUGAGCAUGACAUCUGUCCCAAAGUCAAGUCCACCAACUUCCUCCAGGUGAAUAUCACCAACCUCAGUCUUCGUCUCUGCACUGGGAACCUUCAUCUUCUGACCAGAGCACUCUUCCCAUCUGAUGUGAAGGUGAUGGGAGAGCUGUGCUUUCAAGGGUACCUGGAUGCAUUCCGGUUCCUGGAAGAGAACGGCAUCUGUAAUGGGCCACAGCGCAGCCUGAGUCUGUCCUCGGAGAAGGAAAUGGCGCCAGAAACCACGAUACCCUGCUUGGAAAAUGGCCACCUUGUAGCAGGGGACAAGGUGCCAGUAAGCUGUGUAUGCCUUACAGCUGUGCCGUCGGAUGAGAGCAUCUGGGAGAUGCUGUCCCCCAAGCUCAGCACAGCUCUGACUGAAGCGAUUAAAGACAGGGGGGGCUACCUGAACAAAGUCUGCAACCUCCUGCCCAUUAGGAUCCUGUCCUACAUCUUGCUGCCCUGCACUCUGCCCGUGGAGUCGGCCAUCGCUGCAGUCCACAGGCUGGUGAUGUGGCUCCCUGAUAUCCAUGAAGAUAUCCAGUGGCUACAGUGGGCGACAUCCCAGGUGUGUGCCCGAAUGACCAUGUGCCUGCUCCCCUCUACCAGAUCCAGAGCAUCCAAGGAUAACCGUCAAACACUCAAGCAUGGAUAUCACCCAUCUCUCCACAAACCCCAAGGCAGCUCUGCCGGUUUGUAAAUUGCUGGUCUCCGUGCUUCCGAUGAACUUGGGCAUUCUCCCUGUGGAUGGUUCCAGGAGAGGCCAUAGCUGAAGGCACUCUGCCUUCCACCCCAAGUCCAGUUUGACCUUUAUCUGGAGCAACAGUGUCUAGAUGAUAGGUGGGUGGGGGGUGCUGUCUCUCUGUUUCCCUCUGGGAAGGGUUCUGUUAACUUUUGGAGGCAGCUAGGAAAUUUCUCUCCAGGAGCUGAGCCUGUGCAGCUGCCCCCUUGGUGCUGUGUGGUAACCUCAUUGCCUGUGACCCUAGGAUCACAGGAUCUGGGCUAAAUAGGUAGUUCAUAGAAACCAAAGACAAUAAUUUGGUGUUUAGAAAACUACUUUUGGUCUGGGUGAAGUCUGGUGCUUGAGAGUUAGCGCAGAGAGAACGGUCAAACCGUCUCUCAGUCUGUGGAUCUAUGGGGAUUCCAAAGGCUUCAGUGUUUGGAAACGGCAAUCCAAACGGGCAAUCUUGUGCAAUCUUGGAAGGAAAACUGUUCAGGAAGUGUGAUGGGAUGAGCUGUGGCUGUCUCUGAAAAGGGCCUACCAGAUAACUUAUUACUUUCAAGGACACCUUUGGCUCUUACUAAAAUAGUUUAUAAAGCAUUUUAUAGAAACACA